CUCGGCUCACGCGGGCGGGGAGAAGAGGGUGGCAGCAGGCCGCUGGAGUUCUGGGGAUGCAGGCUGCGGACGCGCUGGGGACAGCCAGGGGGCCGCCUACGGACGGGAGAGAAAAGCUGACUGCGGACAGGGCCAAAUUUGCAGCUGAAAUGGAACAAGCAGCUGGUGAGCCAGUGCGAGACCAGGACACAUGGACACAUUUGACAGAGGACAUUCCAAAAGCCACGAAAUGCACAGUGAUCGGAGGCUCUGGGUUCCUGGGGCAGCACAUGGUGGAGCAGCUGCUGGCAAGAGGCUACGCCGUCAACGUAUUUGACAUUCGGCAAGGGUUCGACGAUCCUCGCGUGCAGUUCUUCCUGGGCGACCUCUGCAGCCAGCAGGAUCUGUACCCAGCUCUGAAAGGUGUAAGCACAGUUUUCCACUGCGCAUCGCCCCCACCAUCCAGUAACAACAAGGAACUCUUUUACAGAGUGAAUUACAUUGGCACCAAGAAUGUCAUUGAAGCUUGCAGAGACGCUGGGGUUCAGAAACUCAUUUUAACCAGCAGUGCCAGUGUCAUCUUUGAGGGUGUCGACAUCAAAAAUGGAACCGAAGACCUCCCUUAUGCCGUGAAACCCAUUGACUACUACACAGAGACGAAGAUCUUACAGGAGAGAGCGGUCCUGGGUGCCAACGAUCCUGACCGGAAUUUCGUAACCACGGCCAUCCGCCCUCACGGCAUUUUUGGCCCAAGGGACCCCCAGCUGGUCCCCAUUCUCGUUGAGGCGGCCAGGAAAGGCAAGAUGAAGUUCAUGAUCGGGAACGGGGAGAACUUGGUGGACUUCACCUUCGUGGAGAACGUGGUCCACGGACACAUCCUGGCUGCAGAGCACCUCUCCAGAGACACAGCCUUGGGUGGGAAGGCUUUUCACAUCACCAACGAUGAGCCGGUCCCUUUCUGGGCUUUCCUGUCCCGCAUCCUGACAGGCCUCAAUUACGAGGCCCCCAAGUACCACAUCCCCUACUGGGUGGCCUACUACCUGGCCCUCCUGCUGUCCCUCCUGGUGGUGGUAAUCAGUCCCAUAAUCCAGCUGCAGCCCACUUUCACGCCCAUGCGGGUCGCGCUGGCUGGCACGUUCCAUUACUACAGCUGUGAGAGAGCCAAAAAGGCCAUGGGCUACCGGCCGCUGGUCAGCAUGGAUGACGCCGUGGACAGGACGGUGCGUAGCUUUCACCACCUGCGGAAGGUCGAGUGAGGCGGCCUGGAGCCCGGGCCCUUCCACGCGUUCCCCAGCCGGUAACUCUGCCCUUCCGGUGACUUGCUUCUGAGCUUAGGUCUCCUCCGGCUGGUUCUGUGAGAGCACACCCACCCUUCUGUGACUCCGAGGGUGGCGAAAUCAGCAGGCGUUUCUUCUUCCUCAUAGGACUGGAUUUGGAUUUCUUAAAGUAGGACAGCUUCCUAGUCUACUGCUUUGUAUUCUCUCCCCCUCCCCCACCCGCUUCCUCCCGGGUUCCGUAUCAUUCCAGUGGCCUUGUAAACAAUCAAAGAAGCCGUAGGGAAGAAACAAGCCGUUUGCUGAUUGAGGAGGGGGUCCUAGACUUAUUUCCACGCAGCCUCUGCUCAAGG